CACGGGUCAGCAGCCCCGCUCUAUUUAAGGACCCCGUUCGGUGUUUUCCUGAGAUCAUUCACUCAUCAAACGCGACGCACAGAGACAGAGGGAGAGGGUCCGCUGUACUUGCAUCCUUCCCUGCCCCCUUCCCCUCCUCCCCUCCAAGUCCAGAAAUCCGUUCCCCUCUCCCCCUCUCGUCUGCACCCGAGACGCUCCUCUAGAUCAGUUCCCCCUCGGUGCGGUUACCUCUCGCCGGAAGCCAAGCCACCAUGGUGUCGCCGGACGCUAUCCGCACCGUCAUCGGCGUCAUAGGCAAUGGAACCGCCUUGGUGCUCUUCCUAUCCCCAGUGCCGACGUUCAUCAGUAUCUGGAAAAAGAAGACGGUGGAGCAGUACUCGGCGGUGCCGUACCUGGCGACGCUGCUGAACUGCAUGAUGUGGGUGCUCUACGGGCUCCCGCUGGUGCACCCGCACAGCAUGCUCGUCAUCACCAUCAACGGCACCGGCAUGCUCAUCGAGCUCACCUACAUCGCGCUCUUCCUCACCUUCUCCGUCGGCGCCGCCCGCCGCCGAGUCCUCCUCCUGCUGGUCGCCGAGGUCGCCUUCGUCGCGGGGGUCGCCGCGCUCGUCCUCUCCCUCGCCCACACCCACGACCGCAGGUCCAUGGUCGUCGGCAUCCUCUGCGUCCUCUUCGGCACCGGCAUGUACGCCGCGCCGCUCUCCGUCAUGAAAAUGGUGAUCCAGACCAAGAGCGUGGAGUACAUGCCCCUGUUCCUGUCCGUGGCCUCGCUCGUCAAUGGCAUCUGCUGGACUGCCUACGCCCUCAUCAAGUUCGACCUCUACAUCACCAUCCCCAACGGGCUGGGCGUGAUGUUCGCUGUGGGGCAGAUCAUCCUGUACGCCAUCUACUACAAGUCGACGCAGCAGAUCCUGGAGGCCCGCAAGCGCAAGGCCGACCAGGUGCCCAUGACCGAGGUCGUCGUCGACGGCAAGAGCGGCAGCGCCACCAACUCAGGCGCCGCCAACGGCCACUACUAGAAGCAAUACCACUAUUAACUCCCGAUUGAAGCGCCUUCAUAAAUCGUCACCUUAGCUAAUUCUCCCAUGAAUCAUGUACGUACGCUGUGUGCCCAGGGCCCCUGUGCACCACUGUCGCGUCUUCUUGUGCGCUCUACCACCCUUGAAGAUUUGUUUCGUCUUGUCUCCAUUAUGCCUAGUACUGCGUACGGCCGCUACUGUCAAUCAGACGGCUAACCGCGACCCUGGUUGGCGGAUCAUUGGUGUUCUUGGUUUUCUGGAAGAACUAUGACAGUCCAAAGGGGACGGCGUGUUGAGUUUUUCUUAUACAUGUUGUUGUUAUGCUACUGCUGUUUCUGUUUUUGUUUUGGCCGGGAAGGCGGGAAUACUACUACUGUUUUGUUGUUGCA